CUCCGACUCAGCUCCUGCCAGAUUUGGUGAACCCUCUUACCAGAUGACUGUCAGUGCGCAUUUCCCAUUGGCAAGAGGGACUGAGAAGUAAACAGAGGAGACCGACGGGGGAAGAAGAGAGUGUGUGAAAGAGAAGGAGAGGGAACAGAGUGAGAGGAGAGAGGAGAGUGGAGGGGGCGAGAGGCAACUUCUCCGGGGUUUAUCACUGCGCACUGUCGAGGAGGAGAGAUCGCUUCCGAGCGCAGUAUGCACAAGCAGGUUCCAAAAGUGGACCGUGGAAGAGCCGACUGACUGAAACGCCUUGUUCUGUACCGAACUGUUAGAAAACCCAGCGAGUGGUGAACACGGAGACUGGAAAAGACGUGGAUGCAGCGGGGAAAGUUACCAACUAUGGGGAUGCAUUAUUAAGUGGCAGUUUACGAGGUGUUGGGACUAUUCAGAGUCAUUUUCUUUACACUGGGAUUGUAUUAUAGACACUAAACUGCGCUUGUCCGUCCGGUGGUAUUCCGGUGCCGCGGUGGACCAUAACCAGCUCCUCCACAGUCGCAUCGACGGAGCCAGUGAAUCCCUCCACGCAACACAAUCAGCGGCCACAUCAACUAAAAUGCCUGCGUUAUACCUCGUCUUUUGCCUUAUGGCCACAGCAGCCACCCAAGCAGCCUAUUUUUCCCAGCAGCCCCAGGACCAGGUGGUUGUAUCUGGUCAGUCAGUGACUCUACCCUGUGUCAUCGUGGGUUAUCGGGGAAUGGUUCAGUGGACCAAAGAUGGUUUGGCACUAGGUGGAGAAAGAGAUCUACCAGGCUGGACGCGCUAUUCCUUAAUGGGCGACCCACUAUCAGGCGAGCACAGCUUGCUGAUCGAUUCGGCAGAGUUGGCGGAUGACGCGGUGUAUGAGUGUCAGGCUACACAGGCAGGACUGCGCUCCCACCGUGCCAAGCUCACUGUACUAGUUCCUCCUUCAGACCCUGUGGUGGAGGGCGGCCCUGUUGUACGUCUUAAGGCCCACACACCACACAACCUCACCUGCAGAGCCUCAGGAGCCAAACCUGCUGCUGAGAUCACCUGGUACAGAGAUGGAGAGGUCAUGGAGACAGCAAUAUAUUCCAAGACACUGAUGGAAGAUGGAAAGCGGGAGGCGGCUGUCAGUAUGCUUCCACUCAUUCCAGAGGACAGCGACUCUGGACGCACCUACACCUGCAGGGUUCUCAACCCAGCUGCACCUGCCGGCCGACAGACAUCCAUCACUAUCAAUGUCCAGCACCCUCCAUCAGUGACGCUAUCGGUCCAGCCUCAGACUGUGACUGAAGGAGCCAAAGUUCUCUUCAUCUGUUCUGCUUCAGCCAAUCCAGAAAUCACUGGAUACAGGUGGUCUAAAGGAGGAGUUCCCAUCUCUGAGGCAAACGGGGACAGCCUUGAGGUGACGGUAGACUACUCCUACUUCACAGAUCCUGUCUCCUGUGAGGUGUCCAACUCUGUGGGCAGCACAAAUGUUAGCACCCUGGUGGAUGUCCAGUUUGGCCCCAGACUGUUGUCAGAGCCUAAGCCAAUGACAGUAGACAUUGGGAUGGAUGCAGCCUUUACUUGUGCCUGGACUGGAAACCCUCCUCUAACCCUGGCCUGGACCAAGCAGGGCUCCAGUGUGGUGCUCAGUAACGGUAACACCCUGCAGCUGAAGGCUGUUACCCAGGAGGAUGCUGGAGUAUACACCUGCAAGGCCAUUGUUCCUCGGAUUGGAGUUGCAGAAAGAGAUGUUACUCUUACUGUAAAUGGCCCUCCUAUCAUCACAGCAGAUGCCACACAGCAUGCUGUCAAGCACUCCAAGGGCAAGCUGGAAUGCAGGGUGGGAAGCAGCCCCCCACCAGAUAAGAUUGUGUGGACCUUUGGAGACAUGACUCUGUCUUCUGGUUCCUCUGGUCGUUACUCGGUGCAGACAGUAACCAGCGACCAUGAAGUCCUGUCUUCUCUGGUGUUGUCUGAGACUUUGGCUCAAGAUUUCCAGCUGCGCUACAACUGUACCGCGUGGAACCGCUUUGGCACCGGCACUGCCUUGGUCACACUGAAGGAGCAAGAAGCCCUGCCUAUGCUGAUUAUUGUUGGUGGAGCAGUAGGUGGAGGCUGUGUCCUGCUCAUCUGUGUCAUUACUUUGGUCUCUCUGUGCUGCAGGCACACAGGCAAAGGUGAGCUCAACGGUAAGAGGUGCACCCGUCUGUCCAAAAGUGAUAUCAGAGUUCAGAUUGUUCACAGUGAUCACAACGCUACCCGUGGCAAUGAUGAUGAGGAGGAUGUCAAAGAGCCCAUGGCUCCGAACAGCAGCGAGUCUCCAGGGACAUCACGCACAGAACACAGUGAUCUCUUGGAAGAGGAGGAGGAUGAAAGAUCAGACAUCAAGGACCCCACCAAUGGCUACUACAAUGUCCGUGGGCAUGAUGAUCGCCAUAUCCGUAGCAGUGGAUUCUCUGAAUAUGUACCAAACUCCCGGCCAGUCUACACUCCAUCACAGCUGCCCUCCCCCAGCCCUAUGUACGGUCAGCACGGCUCCCAGCCUCGUAUCUAUGACUUCUCCCAUAAGUACGCAACCACCACUGUGACCCGAUCCUCUUAUGAACAUCAGCAAGCUGCCCAGCAGCAGCCUGCCCAGCAAGCGAACGUUUAUCCCACUGACCCCCUCUACAGUGGCUCCGCUUACCUACCUGCAACUUAUGGCCGUGCUUUCACCAGCUAUGUUAAGCCUGCUUCUUAUGAGAAAGUGGAUGCAUAUGACCAGUCGGAUCAGGCCAGCAAAGUGUCCAGCUCUUCCCGCUUCUCUUAUGCCUCCUCACAGGUGUCCUCCCAGCAGUCUGACUAUGGCCGGCCUUCGCAGCGUAUGCAGACACAUGUCUGAUUGGACAAAUUAUUUAAGAAUAGAAGCAACGACUCGAUAACCAAUGUCACUUCCACAUAAAUGUGUGGCUAGACUAACAUGGACAGUGACUUUCCUUACUUGGAUCGUCCUUCACGGACAUCUCUGUGCAAGGUUUGGAAGGAGUCGUGAUUUUGGUUAUGGGAUAACCAACCUUUUUGUUGUGACUGAUGGUGGGAAGAAUGCAAACUGUAGAGCACCUGAGCUGGAGAAUUCAGCAGAUUGUGAUGUUCAAGUCCAACUUCUAAUUACAGUGUGAUACCUCACCAGGUUAUCUCUACAUGAUGGUCACCCAAACUGUGGAGAUAUUCUGCCAGUGCAAGGGCCAACUUGAAAAUCUCCUGAAUUUGAGUGGCCAAAAUAACUGGGGUAGCUGUUUACCUGCAUUCCAGAGUUUACUUUGUGUCAACGCUAAAUGUCAAACAUGGCCUCUUAAAUACUUUGAAUGAAGAUACUACAAGCUAAGAGAUAUUUGAGGAAAAAAACAAAUCUAUUGUCGUCUGUCAUUUGGUGUUUUGUUGGCAUGCAAAAGGAAUUCUAAGCACAUUUGUGUCUCUAUCAUCAACAAAAGACAGAGCUAUCCACACAGACAGUUGCAUCCUGUUCUGCACAAUAGGCUAGCUCUACUGACCAACGAGUGCUAUAGGCACUGUGCUGUAUGAAGAGUCUAAUCAGAGGCGGAAUACUCUUGGCCUGAGCUGUAUUCCUAGAGUUUCUUCUGAUAACACCUGUGCUUGACUUGGCAGUGUUUCUUACUGGUGGAUAAAAGAGGGAGUUAUGAAGAGAAUGUGUAAUUUAGCCUUCAUUUUAAUGGAAGACUAUAUGUUAAAUACAGUAUGUGUAUUGUACCAAGAGGGACAAGGUAAGGCCAUGACAACCCAAAGAUGGUGAUAAUUGUACAGAGCUAAAGGGAGGCUGAAGCUGAAUACUGCUGUCCUACCCCUGGUACUGUUUGCUACUGUGUUUUCUGAUUGCAGAAUGAAGAGUAGGCUUUUACCAGAACAAUCAAAUGUGGUGGUUUGGGAAGAAAAAUGGUGGCAAUCUUGAACUUGAAAUAAACUUGAAUGCAGCUUCAACUUCAUCAGGCUCAGGUGUGGUUAGAUGUGUUAGGCUGUCCUAAUGUGGACCAUACACUCAAGUUUUACAACUCAAUCAGAUUUUCUCAACAUGUUUACAAAAAACAGUACUACCCUAAAACACUAAAUAACUGUACAAAUGGCUGAGCCCAUCCUUUCUCUCUGUUGCAUGCAAAUGAUGUGUCUAGUGAAAAUCUUCAGCGUUUAUAUUCAUGUCCAUUUCAUGUUUGAGACAUUGGUUUCUGCACCUGGUCCAGUUGCAUUCCACUUCCUGGAUGUUUCAGUAUGGAUGCCUGUACUGCCAUUUGUCUAAAAAGCUGUUACCAGGCAGCCUACAAGAGAACACUUAAAGUGAGAAAGCAAAUAUCAUCGCUUGUCUUUAUUUUUAUAUUUUAUAUAAGCCUUAAUGUACAGCGUGUAAGCUGCUAUAUUGUAAAGUAUCUUUAUAUACAUAUGUAUCUAUCUUGUUUUAUUUGGGUCCACAGAUUUUCUUCUAUAAGUUGUUCAUCAAUCAUUGAAUGCAGUUAAUAUGCUUUUUUUUGGGUCACAACUAAUUGCCAUUUGGUUGUUCUUUUAAUAAUGUAUUAAGAAUUUUAUUUGCUAAAAAUGAGCUAUUGUUGCUUGUACCUUUGUACACAUAUUUAUAUUUAAAUAAAACCAUUUCCGAUA